CGUCACGCGUCCCCAGUUCCCACUCUCAUUGGGUGUCGGAUGUCUAGAAAAGCCAAUCAGCGUCGCCGCGGUCUCAGUUCUAAAGUCCCCACGCGCCCACCCGGGCUCAGAGUCUCCUCAGACACCGAAAUGCGAGUCAUGGGGCCCCGAACCUUUCUCCUGCUGCUCUUGGCGGCCCUGGCCCUGACCGAGACCUGGGCCGGCUCGCACUCCUUGAGGUAUUUCAGCGCCGGCACGUCCCGGCCCGGCCGCGGGGAGCCCCACUUCAUCUCCGUGGGCUACGUGGACGACACGCAGUUCCUGCGGUUCGACAGCGACGCCGCGAGUCCAAGGAUGGAGCCGCGGGCGCAGUGGGUGGAGCAGGAGGGGCCGGAGUAUUGGGAGGAGCAGACAGGGCUCGCCAAGGACGUCGCAUAGACUUUCCGAGUGAGCCUGGGGACCCUGCGCGGCUACUACAACCAGAGCGAGGCGGAUGAGUGACCCCGGCCGGGGCGCAGGUCACGACCCCUCCCCACCCCCGACGGACGGUCCGGGUCUCCCCGAGUCUCCUGGUCCGAGAUCCUCCAAGGCCACGGGGCCCGCCCAGACCCUCGACCGGGGAGAGCCCCAGGCGCCUUUACCCGGUUUCAUUUUCAGUUGAGGCCAAAGUCCUCGCCGGUUGGUCCGGGCGGGGCGGGGCUCGGCGCGGGGAUGACCGCGGGGGCGGGGCCAGGGUCUCACACCCUCCGGUGGAUGUCUGGUUGCGACCUGGGACCCGACGGGCACCUCCUCCGCGGGUAUCACCAGUUCGCCUACGACGGCAAGGAUUACAUCGCCUUGAACGGGGACCUGCGCUCCUGGACCGCGGCAGACACGGCGGCUCAGAUCACCCAGCGCAAGUGGGAGGCGGCCGGUGUGGCAGAGGAGCUGAGAGCUUACCUGGAGGGGACGUGCCCGGAUUGGCUCCGCAGACACCUGGAGAACGGGAAGGAGACACUGCAGCGCGCAGACCCCCCAGAGACACAUGUGACCCAGCACCCCGUCUCUGACCAUGAGGCCAUCCUGAGGUGCUGGGCCCUGGGCUUCUACCCUGCGGAGAUCACACUGACCUGGCAGCGGGAUGGGGAGGACCAAACUCAGGACACCGAGCUUGUGGACACCAGGCCAGCAGGAGAUGGAAUCUACCAGAAGUGGGGAGCUGUGGUGGUGCGUUCUGGAGAAGAGUAGAGAUACACGUGCCAUGUGCAGCAUGAGGGAUUGCCGGAGCCCCUCACCCUGAGAUGGGAGCCAUCUUCCCAGUCCACCAUCCCCAUCAUGGGCAUUGUUGCUGGCCUGGCUGUCCUAGCAGUUGUGGUCACUGGAGCUGUGGUCACUGCUGUGAUGUGGAGGAGGAAGAGCUCAGGUGGAAAAGGAGGGAGCUACUCUCAGGCUGCGUCCAGCGACAGUGCCCAGGGCUCUGCUGUCUCUCACGGCUUGAAAAGCCUGAGACAACUGUCUUGUGUGGGGCUGAGAUGCAGGAUUUCUUCACUCCCUUUUUGUGACUUCAAGAGACUCUGGCAUCUCUUUCUGCAAAGGCAUCUGAAUGUGUCUGCAUCCCUGUUAGCAUAAUGUGAGUAGGUGGAGAGACAGCUCACCCCUUUGUCCACCGUGACCUCUGUUCCCACGCUGACCAGUGUUUCCUUCCCAGUCAUCUUUCCUGUUCCAGAGAGGUGGGGCUGGAUGUCUCCAUCUCAGUCUCAACUUUAUGUGCACUGAGCUGCAACUUCUUACUUCCCUACUGAAAAUAAGGAUCUGAAUAUAAAUUUGUUUUCUCAAAUAUCUGCUAUGAGAGGUUGAUGGAUUAAUUAAAUAAGUAAACCCUAGAAUUUGAGAGAGCAAAUAAAGACCUAAGAACCUUCC